GUGCGGGCGGCUGUUCGGCGACGCGCGGGCGCGGGCGGUGGGAUGAGUGGUGGGCGGAGCGGGGGGCCGGGGAUGCUCAGUCCCGGCAGCACCGUGACGCUGCGGGUCUGCACCGUGGGCCUUCGCCCCGAGGUGCCCGUCGUGCGGAUCUGGGGGCUGCUGGGGGACCGCCGCGCCGAAUACCUCCGGCUCCGCCGUCAGAUCCAGGCGGCGGCGGGGCCGCGCCUGGCAGCCGCUCAGCGACCAGCCGACCCCGCAGCUGGUGGGGUUGAGCUGUGCACGGGAGACCUGGGCCUGGUGGAGGUGGUCGGGCUGUGGUACCGCUGCUGCGUGGUGAGUCGCUCCGGCCAGGACUACCGCGUGUUCUUGCUUGAUGAGGGCUGCAUGGUGGUCACGUCUGCCUGUUACCUGGCGCAGGGCUGCGAGGAGCUGUUCCGCCUGCCCCCAGAGGUGCUGGGCUGUAUUGUGGCUGAUGUUGUGCCCUUAGGAAGCCCCGGGGAGGCAGCCUGUAGGGAUGCUCCGUUUUCCAACUGGACGGUGGAGGCUAUGGAGUUCCUAAGCUUCUUGCAUGGCAAGGAAGUGUCUGGACGGGUGCAGGAGGUGAUGACGCCACAGCUCAUAGUGCUUGAGCUGCCCCAACUGGUGUCCCAGAUGCAUCACCUGGGCCUGGCUAGGCAAGUCACUCCUAGCUGGUUCUGCCAGACGCUCAAGCAGUGCCUGGCUCAUGGCCACCCAAGGAGCCACCUCAAGGUACAGCCUUCAGCAUCUCCUUUUGUAUCUUGUACAGUGCCACAGUUUCCCCAUGUUUUACGCUUGCAUCAGCCUGUGUCACCUCCUUUGGAUUAUGUUUACCCGCAGCUUCAGUUGGAUGUGACAGAGCCUGUCCUAGUGACCCAUGUCUCUGACCCACACCGCUUCUACUGCCAGUUGAAGAGGUUGUCCCAGGAGAUCCGUUGCCUUUCUGAUGCCAUGCACCACACUUACAAAUCCUACUCCUGCUUGCCAUUACCCAAAGUGGGCUCACCCUGUGCUGCCCGUGGCGGAGAUGGCCAGUGGUACCGUGCACUCCUGCUGGAGCUUAUUGCUGGGGAGGGAAACCAGCAAUUGGCUCUGGUGAUCUUUGUGGACUAUGGCAGGAAGGAGACUGUGACCAGAGCUAACCUGUGCCAUUUGCCCCCUGAGUGUUUCCACAUACCUGUGGUAACUUACGCAUGUGCUCUUCAGGGUAUCUCGGAUGGGGGUUGUGCCUGGUCCCCACUGCAGAUCAGUAAGCUGAAAGCAUUAGUGCUAAGCAAAGGAGUGAAUGCUCACAUUAAAGCCUUUAAUUCCUUUGAGCAUCUGUAUUAUGUGAACCUGUAUGGGGAAAAUGGCAUCAACUUGAACUAUGUUUUUGGGCUGCAGGCGUGCUGCCUGGUCAGCAGCCAUAUACGGAUGAGCCAAACUGAGGGUUGGGAGCAGCUGGAAGUAGAAGAAUCCACAGCUGAACUGGAAUUGCUUCCAGGAGCACCUCCUAUUGCUUUAGUGCAUGGAGAUAUGGCUUCUGCUCCUGUAGCUGAUGUACAUGUGAACUUGGGCGCAUUCUACAAUGCGCAGGUCUCCCACCUCCGAGACCCGUCUGAGUUCUGGCUGCAGCUUCGUGAGCAUCAGCGGCUCUUUGGGCAGUUGAAGCAGUGCAUGUGUGAUUUCUAUUCACAUGCCAUGAAGCUGGAUGGUGCUAGGUGGGAUCUACAGCCUGGAUCCCUUUGUUGUGCCAGUGGGAAAGAGGGUGUCUUUUAUCGAGCAGUGAUCACCAGGGUAGUGGACAGUGAGGUAGAAAUAUACCUGGUGGACAGAGGCAAUACAGAAACUGUACAUCAGUGUGCAGUGAAGGAGCUGCUCCCUCUGUUCAGGGAACUGCCUGCUUUAGCUCUGAAGUGUUGUUUGGCAGAUGUCUGUCCUCUGAGAGGAAGUUGGAGUGAAACAUCUGUGUCUGCAUUUAGGGAGAUUGUACUGAACAAGGGACUAAAGGUUCAGUUUUUGAGUGUGCAGGGUGACAAAUACAUAGUUGAAAUUUUUGACCAGUCCCGAUUAGGAGAGAAAAGUGUAAGUAAACUCAUGGCUCAGGGAGGGUAUGCUGAAUACCAGAGGUCUGAAAUACCCAAGAGUGUCCAGAAAUCACCUAAUAUGGCUAUGAGCCUGGCCUCAGAUGUUGGGGAAGAAAACCAAAUAAAAGCGGAGAAGAGGCUGGGAGAGGAAUCUGAUCUAAAGAGAAGUGAUAGGGCGCUUAAUUCUUAUGCAGCUGUAGCGGUCAGAGGGAGCUCUGUUGCACCCAUUCACAAUUCUGCAGGUAGUAAAUCUCUUCCUUCUCAGAAGUGUGAGGGCAAGAAUAACCUGCCCAUCUCCUGUACACAGAAUUAUGACAAAAUGAAGCUAAGCUCCUCUUGUGGAGGUCAGUUAGAAGUGGGAACUACAGUUAAUGUUGUAGUGUCAUAUGUUGAAAAUCCAGGUCAUUUUUGGUGUCAGCUAAGUAGAAAUUGCCAAGACCUUAAGUUGCUAAUGUCUGAAAUUCAGGAAUAUUGUGAAAAUUCAUCCCACCCACAUGCUUGGCCAAAUUCUCCAUGUUUAGCCCAGUACUCAGAGGAUGAAAAAUGGUACAGGGCUUUAAUUAUUAGUGAAGUUCCUUCUGCAGAAAAAGUAGAAGUCAUAUAUGUUGACUAUGGCAACAGAGAGCUAGUCUCUCUAGCAAGUCUCCGCUCAAUUCACAAACGCUUCCUUAAGUUAGAAGCUCAGGCUUUCAGGUGCAGCCUUUACAACUUAAUUCAACCAAAUGGUCAGGAUCCUUUUGCUUGGGAUGAAGCAGCAAUUCAGGCUUUUCAGGAGUUUGUUGAUACUUCUUCAUCUCAUCAUGAAGUGAAGUGUACGAUAUUUGCUUUGGCUUCAAUAAGCAAGGAGCUGUUUAACAUUGUAGAUUUAAUGACACCGUUUCAGAGUGCUUGCCAGUUUUUGACCGAGAGGGGUGUAGCCAGACCUUUAUCUCCUCAAAAGCCUCUGUCAUCCUUGGUUCAUCUUCAUUCUUACUAUUAUUCUAUGCAUGGUAUCAAAAUUGGGAGUGAGGAAGACGUUUAUAUUACGCAUGUUGAGGAUCCAUGGACAUUUUACUGCCAACUUGAAAGAUGUUCAGAUGUCUUAGCACAACUUACCGAUAACAUUGGUCGCCUAAGUGAAAACAUGAGCAGCUUAGAAACCUUGCAGAAGUCUGAGAGCUUGUGUCUAGCCAAGUAUACUGACAGUCACUGGUACAGGGGAAUAAUUAUGAAAAGGAAACCUGAUACAGAAGUGUUCUUUGUGGAUUUUGGGAACACAGAGACAAUAGAUAAAGAUAACCUGCUUCCUUUACCCAGUGAUGUUUGUGAUAUCUUGCUUUUGCCAAUGCAGGCCAUAAAGUGUUCCUUAUCUGAUAUAUCUCAUCUUCCCAAAGAAGCUAUAGUAUGGUUUAAACAAGCUGUCCUAGAAAGGCAAUUGAAAGUGAUCAUUGUAGCAAGGGAAUCUGACGGUAAACUGUUGGUUGAGUUGUUUGAUGGUAAUACUCAAAUUAAUGCAAAACUGAGGGAGUUAAGCUUAAUGAGCAAUACAGGAAUUGGGCCUAUAGAAAAUGAAACUUUAUGCUCUAGAAAUACAGAUGUGAUAGAGAGGAAUGGGAGUGCGGAAUCCACUUUAGAUGCACACAGGACUCUUGAAAGGAAAAUGAGCAGAUCUGAAGCCCAAGGAGAAGGGGGGGAUAGCAAAAGGCACAUCAAGAAAGAAGAUGAAAACCUUUCCCAGGCUGCUACAAAGGGAGAUCUGGCAGCUGGAUUACUAGAAUCUGGUGAAGUGAUUAGCAGUAAGAAGGUUGCUUCCCUGUUAAAUAAAGCUGGGAAGGAGUCUUUGCUCUCCGUCCAGAUGGAUACACAGUCAGAUACUAAGUCUGAUGCUGAAGGCGGGAAUAUAGUGCUUGAAAAUGUAUCUGAUCUACUGCAACAGAAGAUAAUGCCAGGUCUUAAAGUGUCAGUGUAUGUGUCUUACGUAAAUGAUCCACUGGAUUUUUAUGUUCAGCUAGAAAGUGAUGAGGCUCAGCUUAACAGCAUUUCAGAAAGCUUAAAUGAUAGGACGCAAAGAAAGAACCCUUGUGGACAACUUUGCCAAGUGGGAGACUUAAUCAGUGCUGCUUAUUCAGAAGACAGCCUGUGGUAUCGAGCUGUAGUGAAAGAGAAGACUUCUGAUAAUUUGAUAAACAUACAAUAUAUUGAUUAUGGUAAUACUUCAGUAAUUAAUGUUGGUGGAGCACACAGACUCCCUGAAGGCUUGUCAUCUAUUCCAGCAAUAAGCAUUCACUGCUUCCUAGGUGGACUUAAAUGCAAAGAAAAUACAAACUGGGCAGAGAAAGCUGUGCUGUACUUCAUCAAGAGAACAAGUGAAGUUCUGCUAACAUGUGAAUUUGUGGAGAAGGUUAAGGAUAAAUGGGAAGUUAUCCUCAGUGACCAUGAAGCUAUAAUAACUGUGGAUUUAGCUGAUGAAAAUCUUGCAAGUAGUAAAGGAUCUUGUUCAACAGAAAUACUUGAUAAAAGAGAGAACAGUGACAUAAUAACUGAGUGUGAGCCUUUGCCGCCUCAGGCACAAAAUAAAACUCCUUGUAUAAGUAACUCUGAGUCAUUUAUCUGGAAAUUUCCAGAGGCAGGCCAGACUGUAAAAAUUUAUAUCACAGUGGGAGAUGGUCCAGAAUACUUCUGGAGUUACAGUGCUGAUACAGAAGACAUGAAGUACAUAGAGGAAAAAAUAGAGGAAGCUGAAAACAUUGGACUAAAAUCUUUGAAUGACUGUGGGGCAUGUAUUAAAAUCGGUGAUAUUUGUCUAGCAAAAUAUAGUCAAGAUGGGAAGUUCUACAGAGCUAAAGUCAGCAGCGUAGAAGGUGACAGAGUAGUUGUUAGACAUGUGGAUUAUGGAAGUGAGGAAACUAUUAGCAUGGAUUUGGUCAGACAGAUUCCGUGUGAAUUGAUCCAGGUACCCAAUCAAGCAUUUGCUUGCUGUCUGUCAGAUUUCAGUUCCUCUGAGGGCUCAUGGCUUAGUGAAGCAAAAGAGAAGUUUAAUGAUAUAACCCAAGAUGUCUUAUUAGAAGCAAAAGUAAUAGAAACUCAAGAAUGCAAAGCUUCUGGAGUCCCUCUGUCUGUUGUCAAGCUGGAAGCUUCUGGUAAGAGUAUUAAUGAAGAGAUGAAGUCUUUUUGGAAGGCUAAUAUAGCAACUGGUGACAAGGCUUUCUCAGACCUUGAGAACCCCUUAAAGGAAAACAGAUGUUCGAAGAAUGAUAUGGGUCCUUGUCUGGAAAGAGGAACUCCUGGUGCUUGUGGAUUAGCUCAAGAAGAAAGUGAAAGUGCUUUACUUUGUUCUGAACCUUUCCCGAGUAUAACUUCCGAGUGUUUCAAUGCUGUAGAAGCAAGUAUGUCAGUCGAAGCUGUUCAGCAUAUGUCUGGGAAGGCUGAUGAUAGAUGUGAAACAGCUGAGCAUCAAAGCAGCUUUGAUGAAGACAUAUCUCUAUCUGGAGGAGACAGCAGUAACAAUGUAUUACUAGAACCAAUGAGAAGCUGCAGUCUUCAUGUUUUGGAGAGUGAAAUGAAAGCUGAAGAACAAGAAAUAUCUGAAAAAGCAUUUCAAGAGGAUGCUGAGCUGAAAGAACUGACAGGCAGUGCUUCAGCAGCCAGUCUUUUCCUAGAAAACAAACAAGAACUGGAAAGAGAGCCAGUGCUACAGUCAUCUUCAGGUGAUGAAACAGAGAUAUUAGGAGCACUGGAUCAAUUACAGAAUCAAUGUUCAUAUGAUGAUCUAAAAGAGUUAAUACUGGAGCUAGAGGAAAUUUCAGUUCAGCCCUUCUUUGCAGAAGUAACAAAAGAAGCUCUGGAAACAGAGUCAGCCGAAAUGCAGACAGCUUCGGAUGUUAAAGCAAGAGAGAAAGUGUUUGAACAGGAAUCAUUUGAACUGCCAGUUGUCAGUGAGGACACAGCGGAGUUGGCAGCUCUGAACUUUCCAGAACUCUUACCAUCACUUAAUGAGGGGAAGAAUUCACUGCCUUUGGUUAGCAAUGGAGAGAACACAGUAGAGCUGAUUCCAUCUGACGUUCAGCCUUCUUUGGGAGAGAAUGCAGAGAAACCAGAAUUGAAUUUGUCUGGAAUUCAUAAAACAGAGUCUUUGCAAGAAGACUGGAUAGAAUUAGAGCCUUCUCCCCUAAAGCUGUCUUUGUCUGAUGGUAGAUCUGAGAAACAACUGGACCUGAAGACCCAUGACAUGCUGUCAUUGCUGGGUGCUGAAAUUGAGCAGCUUCUGGAACUGGUGCUGCCUGAUGUGCACCCAUCUCAGAAGGAUGGGGAUGAGGACUCGUUAGGGUUGGAACACACUGCACUACAAAGUUCUGCAAAUAGCAGAAGUCAGUUAUCAUUUCUUACAGAAGACUUAACGAAUCGGAGGUCUGUUUGCACUGUAAAAUCAUGUGACUGCAACUUUGAGAAACAUAAGGAGUGGCAGAAGAAAGAUGACUGUUAUGUGGAAGAAUGGAUGCAACAAGACUUGACUGACUCAUUUACAGAAUGUGGAAAUACACAUGUGCGGUAUUCAGCCUGUAAGGCUGAGGAUGAAGGUGUAGAAGAAAAGCAGAACAAGAAGUGGGCUGAAUGUGAUGCAGGACACAAUGAGUAUACUUGUCAUCUGAAAGGUUUUGCUGUUGGUUCCAAAUGUGUGGUGAGGACCUCUCUAAAAUGGUGCGAGGCUCGCAUUUUGGAGGUAUCUGAAAAAGGUACCAGGGUCUUGAAUCUCUCCAGUGGCAAUGAGGAGAUUGUGGAUCCUGAGAAUGUCUGGAAUGGUGUUCCUGACUGGGCUUACAGGUCAUCUGCGGCAGUAACCCCUGUAACAGGAAACUUGCAGUUAUUACCGGAGGAGUCCUCACUUCAAGAAAAGCAAAGUGGCUACAGUUCACAUUUAGCUGAAGAUCCCUCAUGUUCUCCAACAUUGCUGAAACGCGAUGUGUUCACGUGAAACUCAACAAGUACCUGUGUCCACAAGCGUUCCUCUGAAAAUGUGUUCUCAUGGGAACAAGAAUACAGGCAAAGCACCGAGUGUUUAUUCAACAUAAUGGAGCAAAUGUCUGUCACUACCAUACUUCCCUAUCAAGGAGCAAUACUUGUUACUAGACUGUUACUGUCUGCUUGGCUUCUCAUUUCUGUACUUUCUUGUUAUCUAGCUGCCAGUGGGUGAUUCUUCAAGAGGUCUGAGUUGCUGUAUAGGCUACUGUGUGCACAAUACUACUUUCUGAUGUUUGUUUUGAGGAAAGCUGCAUUGUUUA